AACGGAAAGAUGUCAGUCUGCACAGAGGCACUGGUGAAAAUGACCAGACUGCCACACAAAACAUAUCGCCGUUUCAGACAGGACAUUAACUGAUGCCAAAUACAGCUGUUUAUCAUCUAUAUCUACUUGUUGUCGUAGGAUAAAGAACUGACAAAAGCCAUUAAUUCUACACAGCCUAAAGAUUGCCAGGGCCUUCAAUGAUUUCAACAAUGGAGUAAAUUUCAGCUAUACUUUUCACCCCGUCAUCAUGAGGAUACAAGUUGCCAUCAUCUCUUUGGUGUUUUGUGGCCUGAUUCAACACACUACAUGUGCGUGCAAUGUCAAUUGUACCACAGACUACAUCUCCUCGUUGAACUGCUCCUGCUCAGGACAAGCCCCUGCACCAUCCUAUCACCUUGAGGCAGAAUGCUGGUACACAGAUGAAGUUGAACGCUUUCAUGCAAGUUGUGAAGUGGUGUUCUCCCAGCGCUGGUGUGAAAUACAGCUGGAUACUAAUGUGUAUUCAAUUGGUGCAGAUAGUGAAUGCACAGUGCGAGUAAAAAACACUAAUGGUGAAUGGAGUUUGGAACCAGACAACUUCACACACCUGUUGCUGUACAACCACAUAAAGCCGCAGCCUCCCUUCAACGUUACACUGACAGAAAGUGAUGGUACUUACAAUGUCUCGUGGAAAGUGGUCUACACAGAGAACGAGAACAUUUACUUGCAUGAAGACUUGAUCUACAGGGUACGGAUAAGAUCAAAAGAUAAGACGGAACCAGAGCAUCUCUUUGAACAUGAAAACACAAGGUAUCUGGAGAUUCCCACCAGAAUAUUUCAAGGUAGUAAGCAACACAUGGUGGAUGUACAAGCCAAAGUAAACCCUGAUACAUAUGAACAUGGAGACUGGAGUGAGUGGAGUCCCACUGCCGAAUGGACAACCAGAGAUGAUGAAGGUGUCAAAGAGGAUUACAGGCUGUAUUUUCUUCUGACCCUGAUUGUGCUGCCCUGUGUGCUGUGUUUCUUUAGAAGAAGCAGAUUCUGGCUGAAGAAGGUGCAGGUAUAUAUCCCCAGCCCAGAGUUCUUCUUCCAACCCCUCUACCACGCCUACGAGGGGGACUUCAAGAAAUGGGUGGGCCCUGCAUUCACCUUCAGUGAGGCUGACUUCCUGGAGAAGAACAUGGUUGUUCCCGUGGUGAAGGAAAAGCAGCUGAAAUCCUUGGAGAAGCUGUGUGAGGGGGAGGACAGCUCUUGCAUGACUGGAAUGGGAAGUGGUCUUUUCCACAGUUCCUGCAAGCACAUCUGCAGCCAGGGUCUGGACACCUCCGCUGGGCACAUCUCCAUCGAUACAGUGACGGUAUCAGGGGAGGAGAACGCCGAUUUGGGUGGCUCCCGAGACCCCUACAGGGGCAGCUGUGGAGACUGUUUUGAGUAUCCGGCCUACAGCCCAGGUGAGAGCAAGGAGGGCAGUGAGGGUGAGAGGCUUCUGGGAGCCCAAGGCAGAAGGGAGGCUGUGAUCUGCGGUGGCCGCGUGUCAUCCAGGGCGGAGACCUCCAGGGACCCAUCUUCUCCCCUGGGGCUUGACAGCCUAGAGUGGCAUCUGGAUGGCGAGUACAAUGAGCUGGAGCAACUCUCCCUGGACAUCAGCGAGCACUCAGAGGAUGGCUACCCAGCCGUCGUGCUGGACAUGGACACCAUCGACAGUGGCUUUCUGGAGUCGGACUGUAACAGCCCUGUGCACUCAGAACUGGACGGGAAGGAGCAGAUGGAGGCCUUGGCGCUAGCUGAGGUGCAGCAUUGCCAUACCAACUAUGUCAAACAGUGGGUGGCAACCACCUCACCACCGGCCAUGCAAGACUCAACCAGCUGAGGAUAUGCACUGUCAGGAGUGGGACAGCAGCCAGUCUAAGCAGCAGAAUCAGAGCACCACAUAGACACAGAAAUCGGAUGCUGGGAUUACUUUCAAGCUUUUGCUUUGCCAUUACAAGUGGAUACAGGGAUAUAUGACAGUACCAUGUUCCAACCUCUGCACUUGAAAGUAUAUUUUAACAUUGCCAUUCGAACUGACAUUUAAAUGCACUUAUCUGUGCUUCACUCUUCUAGAGAGAAUGCACAGUCACUGUCACAUCAGUUCACCCAGAGCCAAUAAUCCCCUGCUGGUAUAUCCCUCCCGUAUACAUUACAUUGUACAUACACAUCUCGAUUAAAUAUAAUUAUAUUAGU